AUGAUUUUUUUAUACUUGCUAAGUCUUCUGGUGUUAUGUGAUGGCUCACCGCUCCAGGAGGCUCCAAGUAACGUGGAACUAACAAGUUUCCAUAAUCAGACAGAUUCUGGGUUUGUUGUAAAUUGGACUGGAGUGGACAAUAGAGAUGAAGCUGAUCCUAUCCUGGGUUAUAAGGUAAUUAUACGGGAACAGGAAGUCGACUUUGCUUUUGAAUUGAAAGAAGAUGGUACACUGCACCCAAAGAAAACAGCCGCUGACGUACCGUCAAUCGUGUUUGAUGGCAAGAUAAAUGUUUUAUUCGAGUUGAAGCCCAACGGACAAUUUGUGAAAAUGGAACUGUACGAUAUGCUGCUUAAAUUGUGGCAAAAGAAAGCAAAGUUUGUAUACAAAUUGAACUCAGAAGGGCUGCUGGUGCCGUUAACAGCUACAGACAUACCGGCCUUAGAACUACAACACGACUCAAUGACUAGAGUGACCGAAUUAGAGGUACUGGCAAAUAAAACCGAACUUGAGUUUAACGGGACGAAACGAAGUUACAUCUACGAAGUCGCCGUGCAAGCUUUUACGACAAAAUCUAAGGGACCUUGGUCGAAAAAGACAAAAAUAGUUACUUACUAA